AUGGGUUGUUGUUGUUGUUGUUGUUGUUGUUUUUUGUUUUUUCCAUCCUCUUCUCCCUUUCCCCUCCCUCCCUCCCGCAUUCAUCCACUUUUAUUCCACGGACAGGUUGAGCUGACGGAAAGUCAACAACGAAGAAAAGGAAAAAUGGAAGACGCCCUUCCGCAGCUCAUGGGCGAUGAAAUUUUAGCAUAUGUCCGUUUUUUACUAGAUUGGACCGACGCUGCACCACGCACCGCAACUGGGCAGGUGCAUCACCGACUCAUUACGCUCGGCACGGGGGAUGAGGAAGACGAGGAGAAGAAGGAGGAGGAAGAGGAAAUGUUGUCGCCGCAAACAUUUAGUUAUGAGAGGCUGCCUGGUUUGGUUCGGCGGAUUUCGGAUGGCAUCGUAUGGGGUCAGAGUCGCUCCGCCUGCUCGGUGGUUAUACGCAACGCCAUGAAGCAUGUGAUGUCCGACAGGUGUGCGGGAAAACCUCGCGGUCACUGUACCUCUUCCAUGAGGCAAGGAACGACUGUAGAGAGGCUUCUUGCCGUUGCCCGCAGCACUCAGUACAGGGGGCCACUCGUUCUGUUGACGUUUCAUCCGAAUGAAGCCGUUCGUAUUUGGUCACGCGAGACACUUCUGCAUCUGGUGAAAAUUGCGGCAUCAUCGUCUUCAGAGCCUUCAGCCGCUGCAAUUCACGUGUGGCUUUUAGGUAUGCAACUGUUGUGUGCCAUUAGACAUCUCACAUGCGUUUCGCUGGAUGUACAAGAAGAGGGCACAUGUCUUCUUGUGACCGACGGUUUUUGUAGUUUGCUGGCGGUUCUUAUGGCGUUAGACACGAACUUGGUGGCGCUUGAGCGUCAAUUACUUCAAGGCACUUUCGCAGCGGGCGAUAAACAUUUGGUUCUCUUCUGCGGUGUGUCGACUGCGACAAUUAUUCUUCUUGGUGGCAGCAUGUUGCUUUACUGGCUCCUUACCAUGAAACCGGCAGACAAUAAUAAUACAACGAUGGAAGCACCCGAAUCAGCAACUGGAAUAAACAUAAAGACGUCAUCCGUAACGGAGGAGUUAGCAGGGAUGCUCAAUGCUAAGCUUGGCACCCACACAACGCUUCAGCCUGCUUCACUUGCCAGUGAUACAAAGCGGGCUCUUGUAAAGAUACUCGUGCAUUGUCUCUUUGAGAGCUCCAAGCAUGCCGUGACGUCAUCGCGGGAAGAUGAGUUGUGGUACAAAGGGCGCAUGCGGAAUUUAUGGUGUCUGGCGUCACACAUCGACCCACCAUCACCGACGAAUUCAACAAAGAAACAAAGCGCCGGUGGAACUCUCUCUUCUCCACCGGCGAAGUCAGCAGGUUGGAUGCUGCGAUUCCUGAUGCGGAAUGCGUCUGUACAGCUUAACAUGCAGACAGCAUUGCGUGGAGUGAGGGGAGAAGCACAAGACGAUGUCACAAUUUACACGAUGGAAACGGCCGUGCAUGCCCUCCGAUGGCUAUUGACGGCGUUGGCGGAGACGCUCCCUGAGUUGGCGACCUCCCACUACUACCAUGAGUUUCUGCUGUCCAUUCAAGAGGACUGUGUGAAGUUAACAAUGGCCGUCGCCAUGCGAACUCAACAACCGCAAGUCACUUUGAUGCUUUUACGGCACCUUUUGCUUACAGAUAUAGUUUUAUUUGGCCGCGGCGGCCAACCGCCACAACCUGGGGACUGCCUACGGAGAGCGUGGGAGACUAUCCCCACGUUAUUGCGACGGAGUGUUAUUCGACAGGGUGGCAAGACGGCCUCUAACUCACCAUGUUCGCCGUCGCUGCUCCUGCGGGUAAUUGAGGUGCUUGAUAUCACAAUGGAGCAAUCGUCUGCCUGCGCCUGGCUGCACCUGAAGUCACUUAAGGAUGGACCGCAGCCGCUGGCGUUGGUGCUGAGCAAGUGCAUACAACGCAUCACAGAAAUUAUGGAGGAAUCUAUGGAAGAAAUGCGGCACCAGUGGGAAGAGGCCGUGAUGAUGGGAGGCAACGGUAACGUUGUUAGCGGCAGUGGUUUGAAUCUUAACUAUAAUAAUAAUAGUUUUAGUAGUAACAAUAAUAAUUAUUUUUACUACCAUAACAAUCAUGAUAACACGAAUACUUCCUAUCAGGGAAACACUUCUUCUGCCGCCGCCUCUCGACUUCUUUCCUCGGGUUCCUCUAUUCCUCGUCUAGCGCAUGUGUUCAUGAUCUCAAAAGAUCACGUGACACGUCGUCUUGGGGAGGUGCUUUCUUCACUAUUUCUUCGUUCCUUCAGUUUGCUUGCGCAGGACACAUUCCGCGCUGACGCGGCGAACUGGUUGCUAAAAGUGAUUCUAAAUGACCCUGUGCUACAGGAGAACAUGUUGAAACUGCAUGACGCAAAGGUGGACUCGACCGUCCGUGAAAACGGUGCGACCUGGGUGCCGGUGAUGUGCAGUUGUAAUUGGAGUAAUUUGCCAACAGAGAUUCUCACCAUGUCGUGGUGGUUGUGUGCACUUGUGACGGAUGUCUGCGUACUAGAAAUGUCGUUGUGGGACCGACUGCUGGAUCUUGUUGUCACGCAACUUCCCCCUCUCACUACAGAGAAACAAAUGCUCAUUUGCUCUGCAAAUUCCACCACCAGUUCUGCGGUGACAGUUGCUGAAAUUCCGGCUUCAGGGGAUGAGGCAAACUUCUCCCAAAUUCAAAAUUCUCUCCGUCAAUGUGCACAGCACUUGUUACUUGUGCUUGUGCAGAAGUGUUCCUUUUAUUCGGCAACCGUAUUUGCUCGCGCUGUCCUGCAUGUGGCUGCCAUGUCCUUUCCGCCAACGCGGACUCCAUCGGAUAAGUGUUUUAAGAGUGCUCUCUUGAAAGCUUUUUUGCGCGUUCUACCAAAGCUACCGGCGGAGGCAAAGGACAUGCUGACGGAGUAUGCUCCGGCCUGGUUGGCGGAGAUUCUUUGUUCCGCGCAACGGAGCAUUGAGGACAGCAUGGCGAAACAAAAUCGAUCUCUCCAGCAGUACGAAGUUGAGGAGAAACAAAUCAUGCAGUUGGAGGAGGAGAACCGCGCACGGGCAAGGCAGGAAGAAGUGAUUUGUCGCUCAAACAGGGAACGGCGUUUGAAGGAGCUGGCGGAUGAGCGCGAUCAGGCAACACACAACGCCCCUUGUGUUGCGCAGAUGAAAUCUGCGGUAAGGCGUCCGCGUGACGAGUUGGCUUCACUCAUGGUUGCACAAACUGGACCAUGCAGCAGAGAGGGGGGGUUGUUGCAACAGCAGCAGCAAGCCACACCACAGUUGCGAUUGGAGGGAAAAGAUGACGCCAGCCUAUUAGUUUCCCAGCGACAAGCAUCACCACCGCCUACGGCGCUCCAAAGACACUUGCAGAAACUUGGGGAAAAGCGAGUAAAUGAGUUAUUCCGUGUUGAAAACCUCAACAAGAAUCUAGAGGCUAUCCGUCGCAUUGCUGGCAACACAGAUUUCUUGCAGCGUCCCCCAAACACAGAUGAUAUUAUUGGAUAUGGACGACAUUGUCUAGCCGUCGAUGUACCUGUCAUUCCGUAUCAUUUCUCCGCGACUUCAAACGCCGCUUGUGACCUUUACGUGGCGUCGUUUCUCCCUCAUAUUGCGCUUGAAUUGCGCUACGAGUUGCAUCAAAAAUUUGAUGAAAUAUUGGAGUCAUGUCGCAUGCGUGAGUUUGGAAAGAAGAGGCGACGUGACCAUCCGACGACACUGUCGGCAAUGCGGGCACGUGCGGUGGAUUCCACCAUUAAUUGCCUUCCUGCUCCCUCGUUGUGGACCACCGAAAACGGGUUGUCCGUGGUGUGCACCGGUGAUGUCACGCUUAACCCGCUGGAUCCCACCUGUAUGCAGUUUAGUGUGGUGUUGCAAUCUACACCUAGUAUGACAACGGUAGCAUCUUUGAGUGCGGGCCUUUCAGAAGGCGAUGUCGCAGUUCUUCUGUUGCCCCUUCGUCACAUCUUUACCUCAUUGCCGCGCCUGUUUCAUGAUAACGCCUGCAGCAUACCGGAGGCCUGGCGAGUGCUUGGAUGUGUUCCAAAGAUAUGUCUUGUGAGUUCGCUGCAACCAGGAGCUCGCACAGCAUUGCUCACGGCAUUCACUUCUGCGACAAAGACGGCAUCGUCCUUUUCUUCUUCUUCUUCUGCUGUCGCCGCUUCCCUUGGUGUUGGUGGUGAAAAUGAGGUUGGCACCAUUUCGUUGAAUUUCUCGCAUGUAAUACGAGCAUUUGCUUCUUCACAGACGCAUUUUUAUAUCAAACGACUCUCUUCAAUUGGUCCAUCACUCGCCACUGUGAAUGCGCUCCAUGACAUUCAACGGAAGAUGUUUGCUAGCACACUGCUGGAGCCACAUCGGGAAGCUAAAAUUAGUCGUAUGUAUUAUCAUGCUAUUGAGAGGGAAAUUGUGUUGAGCGAGCGCUGGGAGAAAGUUUCUCUUGCUCUUGUUCUGCAACAUUGCCUUAAUGAGUGGCAGAAGCGAGCCAUUAUGGCAGUUCUUUUCGCAUUUGCACCAGGAUGGGAAGCAACUGCGCUUGGGAAGCCGCUCCCACUCUCACUUCUUCCGAGGCCGCCGGAUCUCUUUAUUAUUGAAGGACCGCCAGGGACGGGCAAAACCCAAACGAUUGCGGCUCUUACACUUAACUUGUUGCAUUACUUGCCUAGGACUGCUCGUCGGGUAUUGGUGUGCGCCCCGUCGAACUGCGCUGUAGACGAGUUGUUGUUGCGGUUGCGGGGUACUGCUAAGCGUGUCCCCCAACUUGGGGAUUUGCAGCUUCUUCGCGUGGGUGUACGAGACAGUGUUGACCGUGAGGUGCUGGAAUCCUUGCCGCCUCUCUUUUUUGACGACUGUGUGAAGGCUUUAGUGGAUGUCUCCAACACGUCGCACAGCAUAAGUGCAGGACGGAUGAUGCGUAAUGGAAGUGGGGAUGUGCUGAAGAAUAGCAAUCGACAAAAUAUACGUGAUCAUGUACUGUUUGGGGCCCAUGUGGUUUGCUCCACGUUGGGGUCUUUGAGUCAGCUGCAAAGGGCGGAUUUUCUUUUUGAUGUGGUGAUUGUGGACGAGGCCUCUCAGGGCACGGAACCCGAUGUUCUACAGGCGUUAAUGCUUGCGAAGAAACGGGCAGUUCUCGUUGGCGACUUCAGACAACUGCAGCCUACGGUUCUUUGUCAAGUCGCCGCUGCGCGUGGGCUAAAGCGUAGCUUGCUGCAACGCCUAUUGCACCAGGGUCACCGCUCGUACUUUUUGCGUGAGCAGUACCGUAUGCACCCUGACAUUUGUGCAUUCCCGAAUCGCUACUUCUAUGGCAAGAGGCUUCUCACACAUGCGAGUGUCAUGGCGCGGCAGCGCGAUGGAUCUUCUCAGGCAUUACCCCUACCAACAGACAUGGGGAGGGUGCCGCGAUUUGUGUUUGUGGAUGUACAGGAUGGACUCAUGGAGUGGGGUAGAGGACGCUCGCUGAUGAACAGGCAGGAGGCGGAGGCGGUUGUGUUGCAGAUGCGUCGCUUCCGUGCGAUGCUGCAGCUCACCCCGGAAGAGUUUGCUCGCCGUACUGGAAUAAUUACAUUUUAUCAGGCACAGAAAGAGGCGAUUUUGCAGUUGCUGCUUCAAGAGGAGCGUCGCAGCGAGCUGCAGGUUUCUACAGUGGAUAGUUUUCAGGGGAAGGAAAAGGACAUUAUCUUCAUCAGCUGCGUCCGUGCCCUGCAUCCCGCGUCCCGUUUGGAUGGCACGGCGGCACUGGGAUUUUUGGAGGAUUGGCACCGCAUCAACGUCUCCCUCACUCGUGCCAAGGAGUUCUGCGUGUUGUUUGGGCAUAAAAAGACAUUUCGUGCCGCGGCCGCGUUCAAGAGGCAACAACGGGGAGUAGAGGAACACUCGUCUUGCAAAUUUGAAAUCAUGGUUGAUGACGACAAGGAUGAGGAUGAAGACGUUGUUCAUGAAGUAACCCCGCCACCGCCAAAGUCUGAUGAAGAUCCCUUUGUUCUGGACGAACUAGUGCAAUAUGUAGUGGAAGCGUCGCAUAAGACACCGCUUGACAAGGGCGCGUCCGCAGCAAUCUUUAAGAACCAUAAAAACCUGCAUGUUCUGAGGGAGCUUCUCGCGCGGUCUAAUGAGGAUCAAGAACUAUAG